AGGGAGGCACUGGAUGGCUAUUGUCUGUAGCUUUACGCAAAAACGAGGUGUCCUUUUAAAAUAUAUUACAAGCUGAUCUUUACAUAAGAUAAGCACAACAUCUAUAUAUAUUUUUUUAGAUAAACCAUUGGUGUAAUACUGGUUUUCAUUUGAUAAAAUUAACUCGAUUUCCGACAAUUCAUUCAUUAGAGUCAAAUCUCUGUAAAGCUCUGUUGACAAGGAACCCGCUGGUUCCACUGCCUUCUCCCAGCCUGAAAAUGAGUGAGCCUACCGCUACAGAACCCCCUAGCGAUGUGACCCCCAUUGUUACUACUGGUGUUACCACUGAAGGUGUAGAUCAACCUUCUACUAAUGCAAACGAGCCCCCCAAGGAAGAGGUCAAGUUGGCAGCAACAGCAGGGAAGAAACAGACCAAGAAGAAGGUGGAGGAGGUGGUAGAGGAAGAGGAGGAGGAAUAUGUGGUGGAGAAGGUGCUGGACCGACGGGUGGUGAAGGGACGCGUGGAGUUUCUGCUCAAAUGGAAAGGCUUCUCCGAUGAGGACAAUACAUGGGAACCGCAGGACAACCUAGAUUGCCCUGACCUGAUUGCGGAGUACAUGCAGAAUCAUCAUAACAAAAAAGAAAGUUGCAAGAAAGAGUCUGGUGGCAAGAGGAAAGCUGGCGAGUCUGACACAGAGGCAGGGGGUGAAGAAGGCAGGCCCAAGAAGAGGAAAGAUGAGGCAGAGAAGCCCAGAGGCUUUGCGCGUGGUCUUGACCCCGAACGGAUCAUUGGAGCCACGGACUCCAGUGGAGAGCUGAUGUUCCUCAUGAAAUGGAAGAACAGUGAUGAGGCUGACCUGGUGCCGGCCAAGGAGGCCAAUAUUAAAUGUCCACAGGUGGUCAUCUCCUUCUAUGAGGAGCGUCUGACAUGGCACUCCUACCCCACUGAGGAGGAAGAGAAGAAGGAUGAUAAGAACUAGCCACAGGUCCAGGAUGAACGGGAAGGGGGUACAAAGGGUGGGGUUUACAGUGGAGGGGGUCGGAUAGAGAAGCUGAUUUGUUUCAAAACCUUUCUGCAAACCCGGACUGUUACAACUAAAACAGAGGUUGACAGAUGGGUAGGGAUGAUACAACUUGGCAAGGAGAUGGGUUGGGGGGGGGGGCAUGGGUAAAUACAACUCCUAAGUCUCAAGAUCACUUUAUCAGGCCUCACUUUUAGGUCUCAUCAGCUAGAAUCAUGGGAUAAGUAGUUUUCAGUCCCUGAGCACUGAAUUGCUUCAAAAUCACCAGCUCCUCAUACUGUAGUUUCACCUCUGAAAAGCUUUUGUCAAGAUACACUUUUGAGUUAGCGAGGUAUCACUACAGCAGCUGAGUUUACAAAAUGGAAUGGUCAGAUUCCAAAACACGACCCAGCUAAAGUUCUCAGCUAAUUCAAUUGAAAUAGCCAAUCUUAAUUUCCAUUUUUUUUUGCGUGAAAUGUUGAAGUUGAUUUCUUGUCAGAACAUUAUCUUGUACCUACACAUCCCUCAUUGAGCAACUCACAGUGCUUUUUGUUUGUCUUAUUACUUUUUAAGAAACCUGUUUUAAGUGCUGGCACCUGCCUUCCCUUGCCAUAUCAUUAUCAUAUAAUGUGUAAAUAGUCGUGGUUAUAUUUGGUUAGUUUUAAUUGGUUAUGAGAGCGAUCUAAGAAGGAUUUUAUUUGAGAUUUUUGGGGAUGUUCAGACUAGAGUUAACCUAGAUUCUGGUCUUUAAGUGUUACACAUAGGAGGUGUAUAGAGUUGUGAACAAUGGUAUGGAGCAGGGUUUACAUUAGAAAAACGUGGUGCUGAACAUUUGGCUGGCAGCAUUUUAAUUUACCAGACAUUUGAGACAUUUUCCUGACCCAUAUGCAUUGUGUGCGUGACUUUAUUAGGGCUUACAGCCACAGCGCUCAGAAUGACAACAGCGUGCGUCCUUACCGAAUUCCGAUGCGCACUUUGAAGAGGUUAGAAUAACUGUCCACAUUUACUUUUCCUCAGCCAACAAGAUGAGUAACGAACAGCAAAAAUCCCUAGCCUAUGUCAAUAUACUAUUCCCCAUAGUAGAACAUUUGACCUAUUUAUUGGUCAGCUUGUCGUUCUGUGCGAGAAAGAAAUGGACUACUCCAGACAGACUCUGGGACAACAAAUCCCAAAUGCAUACAACCAGUAGGCUUAGGCUACUUAACAUGUUUUAUAAAAAUAACCUUCAAGCAAUGAAGUUGAUGCGAGAACAUUUAGCUUAAAAUGUUGAUUAAACUAUUAUUUCUUCACAUACAGUGCCUUGCAAAAGUACUAAUCCCCCUUGCUGUUUUUUUUCCUAUUUUGUUCCAUUACAAUCUGUAAUUAAAAUGUAUUUUUAUUUGGAUUUCAUGUAAUGGACACACACAAAAUAGUCCAAAUUUGCGAAGUGAAAUGAAAAAAAAAAGACUUGUUUCAACAACAAAAGAUCUAACAACAAAAAGCUGAAAGGUUGUGCGUGCAAAUGUAUUCACCACCUUUGCUAUGAAGCCCCUAAAUAAGAUCUGGUGCAACCAAUUACCUUCAGAAGUCACAUAAUUAGUUAGAUUGCACACGGGUGGACUUUAUUUAAGUGUCACAUGAUCUGUGUGUGUAUAUAUACACCUGUUCUGAAAGGCCCCAGAGUCUGCAACACCACUAAGCAAGGGGCACCACCAAGCAAGCUCUCCAAACAGGUCAGGGACAAAUUUGUGGAGAAGUCCAGAUCAGGGUCGGGUUAUAAAACACAUCCCACAGAGCACCAUUAAAUCCAUUAUUAAAAAAUGGAAAGAAUAUGGCACCACAACAAACCUGCCAAGGGAGGGCCACCUACCAACACUCUCGGACCAGGCAAGGAGGGCAUUAAUCCGAGGCAACAAAGAGACCAAGCUCCACAGCGGAGAUUGGAGUAUCUGUCCAUAGGACCACUUUAAGCCGUGCACUCCACAGAGCUGGGCUUUACGGAAGAGUGGCCAGAAAAAAAUCCAUUGCUUAAUUUUUUUUUAAAGCAAACACGUUUGUUGUUCGCCAAAAGGCAUGUGGGAGAGUCCCCAAACAUACAGAAGAAGGUACUCUGGUCAGAUGAGACUAAAAUUGAGCUUUUUGGCCAUCAAGGAAAAAUGCUAUGUCUGGCGCAAACACAUCACCUCCCAUCACCCUGAGAAGACCAUCUCCUGGUCCCGUUUUUCAACGGCAGGGACUCGGAAACUGUUCAGAAUUGAAGGAAUGAUGGAUGGCGCUUAAUACGGGGAAAUUCUUGAGGGAAACCUGUCUUCCAGAGAUUUGAGACUGGGACGGAGGUUCACCUUCCAGCAGGACAAUGGCCCUAAGCAUACUGCUAAAGCAACACUCAAGUGGAUUAAGGAGAAACAUCUAAAUGUUUUGGAAUGGCCUAGUCAAAGCCCAGACCUCAAUCCAAUUAAGAAUCUGUGGUAUGACUUAAAGUUUGCUGUACACCAGUGGAACCCAUCCAACUUGAAGGAGCUAGAGCAGUUUUGCCUUGAAGAAUGGGCAAAAAGCUCAGUGGCCAGCUAAUAGAGACAUACCCCAAGAGACUUGCAGCUGUAAUUGCUUCAAAAGGUAUUGACUUUGAAUAGUUAUGCACGCUCAAGUUUUCAGUUUUUGGUCUUAUUUCUUGUUUGUUUCACAAAAAAAUAUUUUGCAAACUUUGAAGUCGUAGGCAUGUUGUGUAAAUGAUACAACCCCCCCCAAAAAAACAAUUUAUAAAAGCACAUUUCACUCCAGCAGCAACAAACAGGCGGUUUGAGACGCUUUACCAGCAGCUCCUCCGUUGUCUGACCGAAUUUCUUUUUUUUUCCACUCAAAUUCGCCUCUGCAUCUGUAUGCUGUGUGCUUGUGAUAAAUAAGAUGCAUAAAGACUACAGAAAUACCAAUGCAGCAAUUUAAUUAUGCAAAUUAACCUAUAGACAGAUAAGCUUGACCGGUCAAAUGUAUUUGCAUCGACUGGUAUUUCCAUCAAUGAAUAAGCUAAAGAGCAUUAUUUUGCAAUGGGAUGUUUUUCCUUCUUCCUCACAGACAAUUGGCUAGCGGCAAUUUUAUUUAUCGGCUUUUCGCUUUUUUUAAUCGGACAAAAACCGUCUUAUUACCGGCUAACAGAAACCCUGGUAUGGAGCUACUAACUUUGUUGUGGAGCACCAGUAUGACCUAUGUAACCUGAGUUGUUUGUGGUUUCGUACCCAUGGUUAAAAAUAAUUGAUUGGUGUGAUCUACUUUCUUGCCAGAUAAUAACACCCUCAGAAAAGAGGCACCAAGUAAGAAGCUAGAGAUGAAGAUGCGAAAGAUAGGCUUUCACACAGAUGAAUCUUUCUUUGGAAAGCUUUAUUUACUAUAACACCCACAUAUUCUGUCCUUAUUUCUUGUCGAGCUAUUCCCACGUGCAGUUACAUGCUCACCAUUCACAGGCUGCCUUGAGGUGAUUGGGGCUUUUAGGAGGUUUGGUAUUGUUGUCAAACUGCACUGGAAAUACGUGGAUUUGGAUUAAGGUGGUGGGAAGGGUUCGGCUCAGUCAAGACCCAUGGUUUUAAUGUGGUUGCGAAGAUGAGGGAUGGACAAAACAAAUGGCAUUUUUAUUUUCAUUGCAAUGCAACCAAAUCUACCCCAAGAGGUAUACACAGAGGAAAAUGUAGUGUCUAUGCCUGGGCUCUCCAACCCUGUUCCUGGAGAGCUACCAUCCUUUAGGUUUUUGCUCAACCCUAAUCUAGCGCACCUGAUUCUAAUAAUUAGCUGGUUGAUAAGUUGAAUCAGGUCAAUUAAAACGGGAGUUGAUGAAAACCUACAGUUGAAGUCGGAAGUUUACAUACACUUAUGUUGGAGUCAUUAAAACUAUUUUUUUCAACCACUCCACAAAUUUCUUGUUAUCAAACUAUAGUUUUAGCAAGUCGGUUAGGACACAUACUUUGUGCAUGAUACAAGUAAUUUUUCCAACAAUUGUUUACAGACAGAUUUAUUUCACUUAUAAUGCACUGUAUCACAAUUCCAGUGGGUCAGAAGUUUACAUAUACUAAAUUGACUGUGCCUUUAAACAGCUUGGAAAAUUCCAGAAGAUUUAUGUAGUGACUUUAGAAGCUUCUGAUAGGCUAAUUGACAUAAUUUGAGUCAAUUGGAGGUGUACCUGUGGAUGUAGUUCAAGGCCUACCUUCAAACUCAGUGACUCCUUGCUUAACGCUAUGGGAAAAUCAAAAGAAAUCAGCCAAGACCUCAGAAA